GGGCACGCGUGCCCCCCGGGCUGCGCCUGCACCGACCCGCACACGGUGGACUGCCGCGAUCGCGGGCUACCCAGCGUGCCGGACCCCUUCCCUCUGGACGUACGCAAGUUGCUGGUGGCUGGCAACCGCAUCCAGGAGAUCCCCGAAGACUUUUUCAUCUUCUACGGCGACCUGGUCUACCUGGACUUCAGGAACAACUCGCUUCGCUCGCUGGAGGAGGGCACGUUCAGCGGCUCCGCCAAGCUGGCCUUCCUUGACCUCAGCUACAACAACCUGACCCAGCUGGGCGCCGGUGCCUUCCGCUCAGCCGGUAGGCUGGUCAAGCUGAGCCUGGCCAACAAUCACCUGGCCGGUGUGCACGAGGCCGCCUUUGAGACCCUGGAGUCCCUGCAAGUGCUAGAGCUCAACGACAACAACCUACGCAGCCUCAGUGUGGCCGCCCUGGCCGCUCUGCCUGCGCUCCGCACCCUGCGCCUGGAUGGGAACCCGUGGCUCUGUGACUGCAACUUUGCCCUUCUCUUCUCCUGGAUCCAAGAGAACGCCUCCAAACUGCCUAAAG